AAUUAGAUACUAAAACUCAACAUCUAUGUAUCAUUACACUGAUUAUUGAAGAUGAAAAUUUAAGUAAUUUUGAAGAUUUGGAUAGUUUUUCUAAAAGUGAUUUGCAAGUUAAUAAUACUAUUAAUAUGAACAAAAAUAUAGAUAAUGAAGAUGAUUUGUCUUUAAGUGAACUUGAUGAAUUCAAUUUUGAAGAACAAGUACAAGAAUAA